CAGUCUAGCCGGAGCGCUUCUUGUGGCGACGACCGAGGAUUAUGGCAGGGGCAGGAGUUAGUGCACUCUGCGAAAACCCCAACGAAGUCUUUCUAGAUGUUUCGAAGAUAUUGCUUACGUACGCAGACAACAUCCUUAGGAACCCAGAUGAAGAUAAAUACAAAUCAAUCCGAAUCGGCAAUCCAACAUUCUCCACCAGACUUCUUCCUGUUCGUGGAGCCGUGGAAUGUCUCUUUGAGAUGGGUUUCGAAGAGGCGGAGACCCACCUGAUCUUCCCUGAGACCGCGUCUGUCCAGCAGUUACGGAGUGUGAGGGAGAUCAUCGCCGCUGAGCGGAGCCAGAGGAUGGGGGCAGUAGUGGCACCAGCAGGAAGAGCCGCAGGGCAGAUGGGGGCAGUAGUUGCACCAGCAGGAAGAGCCGCAGGGCAGAUGUCCGUCAGGGCUCCCGCCGCCCCUGCUGCCCCUGCCUUGUCCCAGCCUCCACCUCCCGUAGCUGCCGCCUCCUCGGUGCAGAGCUCCUCCCAGCAGCCUCCCGCUGCAAGCAGUAUGGCGUUUUUCCGGACGCUGCAGUCCAACUUCCAGCAUGUGCUGGUGUACGAGAACGCGGCGCUGCAGCAGAAGGCCCUCCGCUGCAUCCCGCACACUCAGCUCCGCUCCAGAGCCCAGCACCGCCUGCAGCAGGCGCAGCUAGCAGACACAGAUUGCUCCCUGCGUGAAGAGGACCUGCUGGUGAUGGAGCUGCUGCAGUGGUUUAAGGGCGAGUUCUUCUCCUGGGUGGACAGCCUGGCCUGCUCGCGGUGCGGGGGCAAGACCCAGUCGGCUGGCUCACUCCCGCCCUCCGACGACGACCUCCGCUGGGAUGCCAGUCGCGUGGAGAAUCACUUCUGCAAAGCCUGCCAAUUCUCCACCAGAUUCCCCAGGUACAACAACCCUGAGAAGCUGCUGGAGACCAGGAGGGGGCGCUGUGGAGAGUGGGCCAACUGCUUCACACUCUGCUGCAGGGCCCUGGGACUGGAGGCACGCUACGUCUGGGACAGCACAGACCACGUGUGGACAGAGUUGUACUCCGAGUCUCAGGAGCGCUGGCUGCACUGUGACCCGUGUGAGAACGCUUGCGAUAAGCCUCUGCUGUACGAGGUGGGCUGGGGCAAGAAGCUCUCCUACAUCCUGGCUUUCUCCAAGGACCAGGUGGUGGAUGUGACCUGGCGGUACUCGUGUAAGCACGCUGAGGUCCGGUCCAGACGGACACAGGUCCACGAGGCAUGGCUUCUACACACGGUCAACGCCCUCAACGCCACGCGUCAGCAGCCCUUGAGCAGCGAGCGGCGUCAGGUGUUGCUAGAGCGCCUCCUAGUGGAGCUGGUGGAAUUCAUCUCCCCGAAGACGCCGCGGGCAGGAGACCUGGGAGGCCGUGUAUCAGGGUCGCUGGCCUGGAGGGCUGCACGAGGAGAAACGGGGGCGGGACCACCUGCACAGGACGCCCCAGGGUUUGUGUUUGUUCCCACGGAGGCGGAGGUGAGUGAGAAAGUGUUCCGCCUCAGCUAUAACGCGGCGACAGACCUGUACACACGCGCCGGGGGUGAUGUCAUCAGUGGCUGGGAGACAGCAGCAUGGAGGAGAGAAUCCGUCUUCAGGAAAGUGGAAACAGACUGGAAGAAGGUGUACCUGGCGCGGAUCGAGAGCUCCAGCUCUGGGAGGGUCAGCUGGCGGCUGGACUGUGCGGCAGCGGGAAUGCGGAUAAGGACGGUCACCGUGACUGCUCACACCGAGACGUUUGAGUCGGGCCGCGCCCGCUGCAGUGUGUGCUCAGGACAGGACAGCGUCCAUCUCCCUGGAGAUGGUGAGGCCCAUACGUUUCCCAGCCUCGCUGGCGCCACAGAAAUGGUUGUCACGGUGGAUCUGGAUGGAGGGUCGUCAUGGCAACAUGCUCAGCUGUUCAGGCAGGGUCUGAAUGAGAUGGAGAAAUCCUCGUUGGAGAUCGUCGUGGAGAUGGAAGACGCCUGAGCAAGAUGGGCGGCGAACAACACACUCUCACAUGGUCCUGUAGGCGUCUGCAUGCCAGAUCACAGGUCAGCAGAUCGCUUCAGAUAAGACUGGCAGGCAAAUGACUCUUGUAUUGUAUAAAUAUCUAAAUAUCUUUUGCAUUAUGCUGUCAACUCCUGAAUGUGAAUUUGAUGAACAGUUGAAAGUUCUCAUAUGAGAAGACAUGGCGAAGGGUGACAUACCUGCAACGAUUUGGUCUGUUAUAAUAAUUAUUAUUAUUAUUAUUAUUAUUACUGGUGGUUUUCUAGGGAAACAAAUCUAAUCUGAGAUUUGCAAUAUUUGAUGGACUGUACUGGAGUACUGUUAGUCAUGCAAUACAAGUAGGAAUACACAUAUCAGUGAGUGAGUGCAGUACCAUAUCUGUCUUGUUUUUGUCUCUGUGUUAAAUACUGUCCUGUGUGUUGGAUUACUGUUGGAAAUGUUGAUGUUCCACGUACAUGUAUUUUAACACGUACUGCUACCUGGAUGCUAAUACUAUUGGAUUCUGGCCUGAUUGCAUCUCUGAGAUUAAAUGUGUUGUUUGUAAAUAAAAUAAGCCUAGCCUAUUUGUAAAUAUGUGUGACUAAUUGAAAUUUCCAUUUAUUCACUACUAUUAAAUUACGAUAUGAAAAUGCUUUUCUACCUCUAUGAAGUUGUCAAAACAUUAAAAUGCCACAGUACUUUUCAAA